AUGGCUAUGCUUCGUACUGGUCCUCGUGACCCUGAUGCCUUUCCGGCUAUGCAGCUCUUCUUGCUGGCCAUUGUUCGACUCGCAGAACCUAUCGCCUUGACAUCCAUCUUCCCCUAUGCCUGGGCUCUCGUCAAGGAUUUCCACAUUGGCAACGAAGAACAUGCAUCAUUUUAUUCGGGCAUUCUUAUUUCAGCCUUCUCCCUCGCAGAGGCUGCCAUGGGCACCUACUGGGGUGCUCUAUCCGACCGAAUCGGCCGCAAGCCUGUCUUGAUGAUUGGAUCUCUUGGCACGAUGCUCAGUAUGUUGAUGGUGGGGAUGGCUCCCAACUUUGGUAUUGCCUUGUUUGGCCGCGCUCUCGGUGGGUUUCUUAAUGGAAACAUUGGUGUCAUUCAGACUAUGGUUGGUGAGCUCGUCACCAAGCCUGAGCACGAGCCCCGUGCAUUCUCCAUCAUGCCUUUUGUCUGGAGUAUCGGAACCAUUGUAGGACCAUCCAUCGGCGGCAUGUUUGCCAACCCUCACGAUUCUUGGCCUGAAGCCUUCCCUGCAGGUGGCCUCUUCCAGCGUUAUCCUUAUCUGCUACCUAACCUCAUUUGCUCCGGCUUGCUACUCGUCAGCAUCGUUCUCGGUUUUCUCCUUCUUGAGGAAACCCACCCUGAUAUGCAGAACGAACAUGUCCCUGCUAUUCGGUGCCAUCCCGUUGAGGAAACCCCUUUGACUCUUUCCACCAACAGAAUGGCGACAGAAGUUCAUGCCGACGCCUAUGGUACCAUCGAAAUCCCAAGCGAUAUUUCUGCCAAGGAUUGGGGUACUCUGUGCGUUGAGGACGAGAAGGAAACGGCUGAUCUUCCUACAAAGACAUGGAACCGUCAGGUUGUGGGCUUUAUCGUUGCUCUUUCCAUCUUCACGUACCACUCGAUGACAUUCGACCAUCUUCUCCCCAUCUUCUUCGAAGAGAAGCGUACUGAUGCAGUUGAAAUGCUCCAGGGCGCGUCGCUGUUCCCCUUUUACUCUCCUGGUGGUCUCGGCUUGACUUUGCGAGAUGUCGGAGUGGUUAUGGCAAUCGACGGCGGCAUCGCGCUGUUCAUUCAGGUCUUCAUCUUCCCCUGGGCUGUCCAGAAGCUUGGAACUUACCGUCUAUUCCUCCUCGUUACUGUCCUCCACCCAAUCAUCUACAUUCUGAUGCCCAUGCUUCUUCUCGUCCCCGAGAUCCUCAUUUACCCCGCCAUCUACGGUUGCCUCAUUGUUCGCAACAUCCUCUCCAUCAUCCUCUACCCUCUUCUGAUGAUACUCAUCAAGGAGGCGACCCCCACUGCCAGCGCCCUCGGCAAAGUCAACGGCCUGGCUGCCAGCGCUGGUGCCGCUUGCCGAAUGAUCGCUUCCCCUAUCGCUGGCUUCUUGUGGGCCGUAGGAAGCAAGUCAGACUGCUCUGCUCUAGCCUGGUAUGGCAGCGCUAUUGUCGCAGUCUUUGGAGCUAUCCAGUGCUUUGCGGUGCCUCGCCAGCGUAGCGAAGGGCCCUCUGAGGAGGCACCCGCACUACCCUGCAAGCAGACUGUUGUUGUAACUGAGAUCGAGUUCUACGACUCGGACUAA